AUAUUAAAAACUUCAAAAAGAUAAAACCUAACUCUUUUUUUAUAAAAAAAAUAAAAAUAACUAUAGAUCUGAAAAUGUCAUCUUCAGCGGGCAACAUCGAGAAAGAUGGAGCUUCCGUCAACCGGAAAGUAAGCGUGAUAUCAGCGAGGCGCAUUCAGAGGGAGCUGGACGAGAUGUCCAGGGAUCCGCCGCCCAACUGCAGUGCUGGUCCAAAGGAUGACAACCUGUACGAGUGGACCUCCACGAUUAUCGGACCAACGGGCUCGGCUUACGAGGGCGGAAUGUUCAAGCUCGACAUACACUUCCCCAUGGAGUAUCCUUUUGCCCCGCCAAAAGUAGUGUUUCGCACGCCCAUCUAUCACUGCAAUGUCCACCGACUGGGCAUCAUUUGUCUGGACAUUCUGAAGGAGAACUGGUCACCGGCCCUCACCAUAUCGAAGAUCUUGCUGUCUAUAUGUUCUCUACUCACCGAUUGCAAUCCCGCGGAUCCGCUGGUGGUAAGCAUUGCCAAGGAAUAUGUUAAGGAUCGAGAGGAACAUGAUAAAAAGGCUCGUGCCUGGACGAAAAUGUACGCAAAAAAUGAGUAGCUACAACAGUCAUAUAUGUUUCACAAAGGAUUUUCCAUAUAUUUAAUUAGGCUAAAUUAAUAGUAGACUGGUCUUUAAAUAACCAGAUAUACCUAUAUGUUUUUAAGUUUACUUAACGUUUGCCAGUUGUUUUUGCGUUUCGUUGCGUUAAAUUCCAAAAAUAAACUCAUACAACAUAAAUAAUGUAAA